UCUCAGAGUUUGAAGAACCUUGAUCUUUCAAGUAACCAUUUAAAUGGAUCAAUACCUGCUACAUUGUUGCAGUUGCGUCAACUGUCUUAUCUUUCACUUGCCUCUAACAAUUUGACUGGUGAAAUACCUGCAAGUUUGGACUUAUUUAGUCUGAUUUAUAUAAAUCUUUCUCACAAUCAUCUUAGUGGAAGUAUUCCAAGAGGCUUUGAAGAACUGCAGCAAUUGGAGACUAUUGAUGUUUCACAUAACAAAUUUUCUGGAGAAAUAUGUGAAACUGUUAGCCGUAUGUCAGCUGCAAGACUAACCCUUAGGAUUUGCAAGAACCACUUUUCUGGGAGAAUACCUUAUCAGCUAAUGGACCGAAAAUAUAAACACAGAUGCUUUGAUGAAGCGAAUUUAUGUUCAUAUGUAAUGGAUAAAAGAUUGCCAACAUGCCCUUCACAACUGUUCUCUGAUUAUUCGGUUCCGCAACACUGCGCUUCCAAUAAGCCAAGUAAAUCAAAGAAAAUCAUUAGUGUCAUCAUUGCAGUGGGACUCAUUGUUGGGUUAGGAAUUCUGAUACUGGUGUUCAGACAUGAAUGGGAAAUGAGAAGGGAAAAUGAUGGAGAAGAAUGGAGCAUCAUUUCACUUCAAAGGUUGGAAUUCAAUAAAUGGGAUAUUUUGGGUAAUCUGACAGAUGAAAAUUUGAUUGGAAAUGGAGGGUCAGGAAAAGUAUAUAGAGUGAUCACCAAGAAAGGUCAGAGUGUUGCUGUUAAAAGUAUAUGGCAUGAACCAAAGCAAGGGCAGGGAUUAAUGGAGAAACAGUUCCUAGCAGAGGUUAAGAUCCUUGGGAGAAUUUGGCACAACAACAUAGUGAAAUUGUUAUGCUGCAUCAGAGGAAAGACAACAAAGCUUCUUGUGUAUGAAUACAUGGACAAACAAUGUGUUUACAAAUGGUUGCAUGGAAAGAAGAGAGGCUUAACUACUCAAGUCUUGCAGUGGGAGAGAAGGCUAAAAAUUGCCAUUGGAGCUUCACAAGGGCUUUGCUAUAUGCAUCACAGUUGCAAUCCACCCAUUAUUCAUAGAGAUAUCAAGUCUAGUAACAUACUCGUUGACUCUGACUUCAAUGCCAAGAUUGCAGACUUUGGAUUGGCAAAGAUAAUGGCGAGUGAAGGAGAUCCAGAAACAGCAUCUGCUGUUGUGGGAACCUUUGGUUACAUUGCUCCCGAAUAUGGCAGUACAAGAAAAGUGGAUGCGAAGAGCGACAUCUACAGCUUCGGUGUAGUACUCUUGGAAUUGACAACGGGAAGAGAAGCAGUGACUGGAAAUGAGGAUAUGAACCUGGCACAAUGGGCACACAAACACCAAAGAGAAGGAAAAUCAGCUGCAGAUGUCCUGGAUGAGGAGAUCAAGGAGCCACGCUAUCUGGAGGCAAUGAUCAGUGUUUUCAAAUUAGGCCUUGCGUGUACAUUGAGCUCCCCAUCAAGCAGACCGUCCAUGAAAGAUAUUUCACAGAUUCUUCAAAGAUGCAGUGAAAACAAUCAUAUGUCCGCAGAGAGCUGA